UAUAUAUACCUGUCGACACGAAUGUGGAUUCGUAUAUACGAUGAAACGCACAGCAUCGUUCGGCGAAUAUGAUUCCACGAGAGGAUCUACCAGAGAAGCCACUCCAGAAUUGACGGAAUAUGGCUAUCUCCUUCAUCAACAAGGAUCACGGCCUGUGAAGACAAUCUGUGACAGCGUCCAUGGGCAGAUCCCGCUGACGCCCGAAGAGUUGCAGUUCAUAGACACACUGCAAUUCCAAAGGCUCCGUGAGAUCAAACAGCUUGCCAACUGUUACCUGGUCUUCCCUGGAGCGGUGCACACACGUUUCGAGCACUCCAUCGGUACUUCGUAUCUGGCCCGUCUGUGGACGAAGAAACUACAGGACUAUCAACCAGAGCUGGGUCUGGAUAAACGUGACAUUGACUGUGUGGCUAUUGCUGGCCUGGUUCAUGAUUUAGGUCAUGGACCAUUCAGUCAUCUGUUCGACGGCCCUUUCAUGAAAGCUAUCCGCAAGCAAGGUGGCUCCCAAGCGACAGACAACUGGUCUCACGAAGAUGCGUCAGAAAUGAUGUUCGAUUAUCUUAUCGAUCAGAAUGGCAUCGACUUCAGCAACACAGAUCGAAGCUUCGUAAAAUCCCUUGUCCAAGGCAAACCAGUAAAUUGCGCGGGUGAGGACCAGGAAAAGGUUUUUUUGUACGAUAUAGUUGCGAAUAAGCAAAACAGCAUCGAUGUCGACAAGUUCGACUACUUCCUAAGAGACGCGAAGAACGUGGGGAUUAAAACUGAUUUCGACUAUCAGCGCCUUAUGGACAACAGUGCUGUUAUCGGCAACCGAAUUUGUUUCCAGGAGAAGAUGGCCUUUCAAGUAUACGAUCUAUAUGGCGUGCGCUUUAAGCUACACAAGACAGUAUACAAGCAUCGCGUAGGGAGAGCUGUCGAGGCCAUGAUGGUGGACGCCAUGCUGCUAGCUGAGCCGUAUCUGAAGUUCAGUGAGGCCAUCCAUUCUCCGGAGAGAUUCCAGGAUCUCACCGAUCACACCGUCUUGAAUGAUAUAUGCCGCUCUAAGAGACCGGAGUUGGAAGGAGCUCGGAAACUAAUACAGCGAAUGAAGAUUCGAGACCUUUACAGCAUUGUCCACGAAUUCCUGGUGACCGAAGAACAGAAGCCAAUCGUCAAAGAGAAUCUGACCAGGGAAGCUAUAGCUGCAGCUGGUGAGGGGUCGUGGAAUCUGAAGCCCGGAGACAUAUUCAUCGACGAGGUGACCACUAACUAUGCUAUGAACAAGAAAAACCCUGUCGACAGUGUCAACUUCUAUUCCCGCUGGGGUGCACAAAACUCCUUUAAGAUCCCGAAGGAGCAAGUCAGUGGUUUGCUGCCGAACACGUUCGAGGAAACUUACAUCAAAGUGUACAGUUGCCACAAGGAAAAGAUGUAUUUCGUGCAGCAAGCCCUUCAGAUUGUGCUGAAGCGGCUCUUACCAAAGGAAUCUCGGGUCUUCAGGUCCGCAAUGACUAUACCCUGCAAGGAGUCCCCAUUCAUCAGACGAGGGCAACCGCCUAGGACACCCUCGUUCAGCAGAAUGGCCCCGGGAUCUCAUCCAGGUCUUUCAACAGCCUCCAAGCGGCGUAGAUCAGAAAAGGAUGUCAGAUCCAAUAGUCUACUGGGUAGGGAUCUGUUCUCCGUGAAGGAGUAGCGUCGAUGGUAGACACCUUUUGAUAUUUAUAUAUUCGGGUGCCGCAGUCGAGUAGGAACAUGCACAAACCUGAUAUGAUUAAAACGUUUUUAUGUCUAUGUAUACAUGUAUUUAUACACGUAUCUAUGUGCAUAAUACUAUAUGCAUAUAUUUGCGUGUGUACGUACAUGUACGCAAAGACACUUUACUGAAUUCAAAACAGAAC